UAUUGUAAAAAAACUUUAAAUUUAGACUGUUGUUUAUUUGAUUAUUAAACUUAUUGAAUUCUUUUCAAAGCUGGUAUUUGCUUUUUUGUUUAAAAAAAAUUCUUUGAAUCACAGCAAUGUCUUAUCGUCAAACCAUGGUCGUUACUUAUCGUCUAAUUUAUUGAUAAAAUAGUAUUUAUACUAUCUACCCGAUUGUAGUUCCGUUUCCUUGACCGUUUCUAUCAAAGUCAUUUUCCAUCCGUUCUUAAUAGGACGUAAUAAAAUGUCGUUGUUAAUUUAUUUAAAUCCCUUUAGACUGUUUCGAGACUUUGUUCGUGCACCGGUAGAAAGUUUUGUUACCGACCAGUAUAUUGGGUAUAAGAAGAAAACAAAUGAAAGUAUCACCAGCGUCAAAGAAUUAAUAUAUAGAGCUGGUAUUUUAUUAGUGUUUUUCUCUGCUAUAUUAUGGAUAUCUAUAUUUAUGUAUAUAGCAUUUUACUAUACAUAUAUGCCAAAUGUUACUCAUGUAAGGCCAGUUCACCUGCAGUUUAAAUCCUGUGAAGAUCAAAUGGGACUCUGUUCAUAUCCUUAUGCUUAUGUUCAGCUGACAAAAGCCAGUUAUGUUUUAAUGUCAGGGCAGCCCUACAGAAUCAAGUUAGUCAUGGAUGUGCCUGAAUCACCUAACAAUAAGGACCUAGGUAUGUUCAUGGUGUGCCUACAAAUGCGUGGAAAGGGGGGUACAUUAGUCUCCUCUUCAUGCCGAUCAGCUAUGCUUAAUUAUAGGUCGAAAUUGCACUACUAUAUCCGUACAUCGUUGUUCUCACCGCUAUUUCUACUUGGAAUAGAUGAUGAGCGACAGGAAAUACAAGUGGAGCUUUUUAGCGACUUUCAAGAUGAUCCAAACAGCCCUGUAACUGAUGCAUACAUCGAACUGCAGUCUCGCUUUGUGCAAGUCCACUCGUGUUCAUUGCACGUCGAGGCUCACUUUUCAGGGCUACGAUACGCGAUGUACUAUUGGCCACGGGCCUCCGCCCUCUGCGGAAUCUCCACGAAUUUAUUCUUUACAUCGCUCGUGUUUAUAAUGAGCUGGUAUCACUUACAAGAUGGCCUACCUGAGUUUAUUAAGACUAAAUUCAAGGCAGAAGUCAAAAGUGAACCAGAUGAAAAGAAACAGAUUAGCAAAGUAAAACUUGAACGGAAAGAUUCAUUUCCAUUGAUCGAAGAAGAGGCACUGGCUAUUCUAGAAGAAUAUCAAACGUUGGAGAAAAAGAAGACGUAGACUGAUUUAUUUAUAGCUUUAAUUUUGUCCCUUAAGGGACACUGUGACAUUGUUUUAGACUGAGAUAAAUUUAUUUUUAAUAAGUUGAAAACUUUAAAAAUCGUUCUGCCGUAUAGUACUUUUAUUAAAUUUGUUUUUCUGUUGCAGUAAUAUAAUGGUUCCAUAGCUAUUGUACCUGUCUAUAAACUGUUUAGUGUAUAAUGUGAUUGUUUAAUGAACUGAAUUUGAAAAUAAACAAUAGAAAUGCUAUAUUUAAUAAGCUUUAGCAAUUGUGAGCUUUAAAUGUAUUCUACUAAGCACUGUUCCUAAAAACAUAUCUAAUUAAUACAGAUUAUAUUUGAAAGAAUCAAAUUUACAAAUUCCAUGUAUUCUACGGGUUAAAUUUAUAAAUUUGUCUUAAUUCGAGACACCGCUGAGUCUGGCGUUAGGAUCAUUGUCUCGUAUUUAAUCUCACCCUAACGGUUACAGCUAUAAUCUAUGGUACUCAGAGAUAUGUCAAGUCUGUCAGCUGUCAUACCAGAUAGAAUAAAGACUUAUGUAGGUUUGAUAUAGUUAUAUACAGAAUUAAUAGUUUCCUAUAAUUAUACAAGUUAUAACUUUGCCUUUUCACUAGCACAACAACAGACUUUCAAUUCAGAAAUAUUUUAAAGUAAUUAACAAAAAUGAAUUUAAUAAUCUAUUAAUUUUAUAUAAGUUUAUAUUUUUAAUACUUGAAGAGUGGGCAUGUCUUUAUAUUUUGACAUUCAAACAAGGAAUUAGUAUUACGUAGUACAAUUUAGUAAAUUAACAUAAUUUAUGAGCAAUGUUAUAAGGAAUACUAUAGUGAUAUUUUUUUAUUUGGGGAUUAAAUACUUAUAAAAAUGA